AUGACGCGGAAUGGGUUGGUGCUGGACUACGUGGAGCUGGUGGCUCAGAACUUUGGAGGGACCGAAGAUGUGUGGGACACAGCUCCUGAAAACAAAAAUGGUGAGGUAUUGGAGGAAAGUGAUAUGACUCUAGAAAUGCAAGAAAACUUUGAGAAUCAUGAUGUCCCCAAAAAACAGAGAUUCAGCCAAAGCUCAGCUCUUCGGGUUCAUCAAAGAACUCACACGGGAGAGAAACAAUACAGAUGUUUUGAAUGUGGAAAGAAGUUUGCAUACAGUGCAUACCUCAUUGUGCAUCAAAGAAUGCACACAGGAGAAAAACCCUAUGUAUGUCUGGAGUGUGGAAAGAGGUUUAUUGUAAGAUCGUGUCUCGUUAGACAUCAAAAAAUUCAUGCGAGGGAGCGACCGUAUCAUUUCCACAAGCCUGGAAAUAGCUUCAGCCAUAGUCAACAGCAAAGAAACCGCAUGAGUGAAAAACCUUAUAAAUGUUUAGAAUGUGGGAAGAGCUUUGUGCAAAGUACAACCCUCAUUCGACAUCAAAUGAUCCACACAGGCGAGAAACCAUACACCUGUCUGGAAUGUGGAAAGAGCUUUACACAGAGUAAAAACCUCAUUAUGCAUCAAAGAACCCACACAGGUGAAAAGCCAUAUAAAUGUUUAGAAUGCGGAAAGAGCUUCAUUGCGAGCACCAACCUCACCAUGCAUCAAAAUACCCACACAGGUGACAAACCAUAUACGUGUUUGGAAUGUGGAAAGAGCUUUAGGCAUACCUCAAGCCUUGCUAUGCAUCGAAGAAUACACACAGGAGAGAAAUUGCACGAGUGUUUGGAAUGUGGAAAGAAGUUCACAACAAAUGCAAACUUCAUCAAACAUCAACUACUCCACAAAGGGGAAAAACCAUAUAAAUGCCUGGAAUGUGGAAGGAGCUUUAGUCUGAGCGAAAGGCUUACGAACCAUCAAAGAAUCCACAAAGAAGGGAAACCCUUCCAGUGCCUGGAUUGUGGGAAAAGCUUCAGUCACAGCGUAACUCUUAGGAGACAUAAAGAUACGGAGACAGGGGAGUGUAAAAAGGGCGUCAGUCAGACACAGAGAAGUCCAAGGACCCAAAACAAGAAGAAACCGUAUCAGUGCCUGGAGUGCAGAAGUUGCUUUAAUCACAACUCGAACCUUCUUAGACACCAACUAAUCCACACGGGAGAGAAGCCAUUUAAAUGCCAGGAAUGUGGAUCUUGCUUCAGCCAGCACUCCAACCUUAUGAGACAUGUGCUUAUUCACACUAGGGAAAAACAGAUUGAAUGUUCUACCUGUGGGAAAACCUUUGCUAGUAUACCAAACCUUAAAGCACACUGGAAUAUCCACACAGGGGAGAAACCAUAUGACUGCUUGGAAUGUGGAAAGAGAUUCAGCCAAAGCUCAGCUCUUCGGGUGCAUCAAAGAACCCACACAGGAGAAAAACGUUAUAAGUGUUUUGAAUGUGGAAAGAAGUUUGCAUACAGUGCGUACCUCAUUGUGCAUCAAAGAAUCCACACAGGAGAGAAACCAUAUAAAUGUCUGGAAUGUGGAAAGAGGUUUUGUACAAAAUCUAACCUUACUGCGCAUCAAGGAACCCACACAGGAGAGAAACCCUAUAUAUGUCUGGAGUGUGGAAAGAGGUUUAUUGUAAGAUCACGUCUUGUUAGACACCAAACAAUCCAUGCGAGGGAGCGACCGUAUCUUUUCCACAAGCCUGGAAAUACCUUCAGCCACAGCUACCAUCAAAGAAGCCACACCAGUGAAAAACCAUACAAAUGUUUAGAAUGUGGGAAGAGCUUUAUUGCUAGCACAAACCUCAUUGAACAUCAGAGUACCCACACAGGUGAAAAACCAUACAACUGUCUAGAAUGUGGAAAGACCUUUAGUCAGACCUCAAGCCUUGCUAUCCAUCGAAGAAUUCACACGGGAGAGAAAUUAUAUGAAUGUCUGGAAUGUGGAAAGAAGUUCACAACAAAUGCAAAUUUCAUCAAACACCAACUACUCCACAAAGGGGAAAAACCAUAUAAAUGCCUGGAAUGUGGAAGGAGCUUUAGUCUGAGUGAAAGGCUUAUGAACCACCAAAGAAUCCACAAAGAGGUGAAACCCUUUCAGUGCCUGGAUUGUGGGAAAAGCUUCAGUCACAGCUCAAACCUUCUUAGACAUCAACUAAUCCACACGGGGGAGAAGCCAUUUAAGUGUCAGGAAUGUGGGUAUGGCUUCAGCCAGCACUCAAACCUUAUGAGACAUGUAUUGGGAGGCAAAGCAUUUCUGGCCCACAGAGAGCCUCCUAAUCUUAAACAUCUUCUCACCCACAGCAACAUUCUUCCAGACACGGAUGAAAGAACCAUGACAGAGAGGAAAGAGGAGAACUUCCGACGGGAAGACCCUGAACCACGAGAAAUGCUUGAAGGUUCUCCAGGAAGAUUGCCCAAGGAUGUUUUCUUCCAAACGACAGCUGAUGAAAGCCGUGUGUGGGACGCACAGAGUGAGAAUCAAGCACGUCAAGUAUUGGAGGGAAGUGAUACAAAUGUAGAGGUGAAAGAGAACACUGGGAAUCAUGUUAUCCCCCCAAACCAGGAGGAAAGCCAAAUGGGUAAAGGGAAAGGGAAAUUUGUUGGUUAUCACAGUGGUGAUUACCAUGAAACAAUUCAGGAAGGAAAGAAAAGGAUUGAAUGUUCUACUUGUGGGAAAACCUUUGCUAGUAUAUCAACCCUUAAAGUGCAUUGGAAUAUCCACACAGGGGAGAAACCAUAUGACUGCUUGCAGUGUGGAAAGAGAUUCAGUCAAAGCUCAGCUCUUAUUGUGCAUCAAAGAAUCCACACAGGAGAGAAACCGUAUAAAUGUCUGGAAUGUGGGAAGAGGUUUUGUAUGAAGUCAGGCCUUAAUAUGCAUCAGAGAACCCACACAGGAGAGAAACCGUAUAAAUGUCUGGAAUGUGGGAAGAGGUUUUGUAUGAAGUCAGGCCUUAAUAUGCAUCAGAGAACCCACACAGGAGAGAAACCCUAUAAGUGCUUGGAAUGCGGAAAGAGUUUCCUUGAAAGAUCAGGUCUUAUUAGACAUCAAAGAAUUCACACGAGGGAGCGACCAUGUCAAUCGCUGAAGUCUGGAAAGGGCUCCAGACGGAGUGCAAACCUCAUUGCACAUCACAGAAAACACAUGGGUGAGAAACCAUAUACAUGUUUAGAAUGUGGGAAAUGCUUCAUGCACAGUACAAACCUCACUAGGCAUCAAAGAAUACAUGCGAGUGAAAAACCAUAUAAAUGUUUGGAGUGCGGAAAGAGCUUUAUGCAGAGCACAAACCUCAUUGGGCAUCAAAGAACCCACACAGGCGAGAAACCAUACACUUGUCUGGACUGUGGAAAGAGUUUUAUGCAGAGUAAAAAUCUCAUUCUGCAUCAAAGAACCCACACAGGUGAAAAACCCUAUAAAUGUUCAGAAUGCGGAAAGGGUUUUAGUCAGAACUCGAGCCUUACCACUCAUCAAAGAAUGCACACAGGGGAGAAAAUAUAUGAAUGUUCAGAAUGCGGGAAGAGGUUCACACGGAACGCAAACCUCAUUAAACAUCAAAUAUUCCACACAGGAGAAAAACCAUAUAAAUGCCUGGAAUGUGGAAGGAGCUUUAGCCUGAGCAAAAGGCUUACUAACCAUCAAAGGAUCCACAAAGAGGUGAAACCGUUUAAAUGCCUGGAUUGUGGGAAAAGCUUCUGUCACAGUAGAAGUCUUAAGAGACAUAAAGAUGUCCAGACGGGGGAAUGCAAAAAGGGCUUCAGUCACACACAAACCAAGAAGAAACCGUAUCAGUGCUCAGAGUGCCGAAGUUGCUUCAGUCACAACUCAAACCUUCUCAUACACCAACGAGUUCAUACAGGGGAGAAGCCGUUUAGAUGCCAGGAAUGUGGGUUUUGCUUCAGUCAGUACUCAAACCUUACAAGACAUGCAGUUAUUCACACUCGAGAAAAACAAUAG